UUUUUCCCGCCAUUUACAGUGUGAUUUUGAGUGAUUCCCCAGAUGAAGGAGUAGUCGCACCCCUGAACUGCGGACAUGGCAACCCGUCGCUCGAUGGGGUGACGACCUCGGGACCCAUCCACAAUCCACAACGGGAACAAGCUGGAGGCCAAGCCUCGACUUCCCGCCUUGGGGCUCUUGGAUAAAUACCACCGCUGCGGCUCUGCUCUUGGCUGCUUGACUUGGCUCUCUUCCUAAGCUGUACCACCUUCUUAUCCACAGUCUUUCAUUCGUUCCUUUAAACACACACAUUCAUUCAAUAUGCGUGCCACUUCUUCGAUCCUCGCGGCUGGUCUCGCGGCUUCUGCCAUGGCGGCUCCGGGAGCCCUGCCUCACCACCGCAGGGCACCAUGCCCCCAUGCCCAGCCCGCGGCUGCAUCGAGCGCUGCUGCGAUCACUCCUACCGUGGCUGCCUCGAGCCCUCCUACUGUGGCUGCCUCGAGCACUUCUACCGGGGCUGCCUCGAGCACUCCUACCGGGGCUGCCUCGUCCGGCUCCAACUCCUCGUCCGGCAGUGCCAGCGGCGGCCUGAAGUUCCUUGGUGUCAUCGAGUCUGGUGCUGAGUUCGGCGAGAGCGCCUGGCCUGGUGUUUACGGCAAGGACUACAUCUUCCCGGAUACCUCGGCUAUCCAGACUCUCAUCGACAUGGGAAUGAACAUGUUCCGCAUCCCCUUCCUGGCCGAGCGUAUGGCCGAGGCCUCCCUGGCCGCGGACCUGAACGCCGACUACCUCAAGAACCUGACCACCGUCGUGAACUACAUCACCGACGCUGGCAAGCAUGCCGUGAUCGAGCCACACCAGUACGGUCGCUACAAGGGCCAGAUCAUCUCGUCCAACGCCGACUUCAAGACCUUCUGGGGAAACCUGGCCAGCAGCUUCAAGGCCAACGACAAGGUGGUCUUCGACUGCAUCAACGAGCCCCAUGACAUGACCACCGAUACGCAGACCGCCGAGCUCAACCAGGCCUGUGUUGACGGUAUCCGUGGGGCUGGCGCCACUACCCAGUACAUCUUCGUCGAGGGCACUUCUUACACUGGUGCCUGGACCUGGACUACCUCCGGCAACAGCGAGAACAUGGGCAGCAUCAAGGACACCGUCGACGACCUGCUGAUCUACGAGAUGCAUCAGUACCUUGACAGCGACGGAAGUGGUACAUCCACUGAGUGCGUGUCCUCUACCAUUGGACAGGAGCGCAUCGUCGAUGCCACGAACUGGCUGCGUGAGAACAAGAAGAUUGGAGUCAUUGGCGAGUUUGCUGGCGGCGAUAACGAGGUGUGCAAGACUGCCGUUGCGGGUAUGCUCGACUACAUGGUUGAGAACAGCGACGUUUGGAUGGGUGCUCUGUGGUGGGCUGCCGGCCCCUGGUGGGCAGACUACAUGUACAGCUUCGAGUCUCCUUCCGGCACUGGCUACAAGGCCUACAAGGACAUUCUCAGCAAGUACGUGCCUGCCUAGAGCGCCUGCUUCUGACUGCUGAGGGCUCGGAAAACACUUCUUUGUAAAUAUCAAAUUCUGCAUUGCUGCAUGGACUGUACUUAGACAUAGACAAAUGCAUCUUCUGGACUUGGUUCCAAGCCCACA